AAUCUCUUUCAGGUUUCACUGAAGCAUCGAGAAUCGCCUACUCCGAAGUAACAGUGCCCAGGCGGCUGGAGGCAAAGGACGGGACCUUCAGAGAGGGGGACGCGUCCUAUUUAAUAAUGGCAGAAGGAAACCACCACGUCGUCCGUCUGACGCAGGCAAAAAAUUUGAUAGCCAAGGACAUCCCAGUUUUCACGUACAGUCCGGAGGGACACCUGAUAACCGAGUUUCCAUAUAUUCAGGAUGACUGCUACUACGAGGGGUUUGUGGAAGGCUCCCCGGGAUCCAUCGUCUCCCUCAGCACGUGCUUUGGGAUCAGUGGAGUUUUGCAAAUCGGAGAUCUGAGGUACGAAAUUGAGCCCGUGGAGAACUCCUCGACGUUUCAACACCUUAUUUACCGAAGGGCGUUGGAAAGCGGCUCACGUCAGCUGUGCCAAGUGCCCGAAGAGCAUAAGGACCAUCUGCCCGAAGACAGAGAACCCGCGAACAGGAGUGGUAAAACCCUCAUUAUCGAAGAGUUUCCCGGUCUUCAAAGCCUGCCCGUGCCCACCAGAUACUUGGAACUGGCUCUGAUCACAAACAAAGAGCUGUUUAAAGUUAAGAACUACAACGAAACGCUGAUGCUACAUCUGUUCAUUUCGAUAAGCAACCUCCUGAACAUGGUCUACAAGCACAUGAAGCUGCAGAUCGUCAUCAGCGCGGUGGAGAUGUGGACCAGGACGGACCAGGUGAUGACCGCCCACAGCCUGGCCCGGACGUUGCAGGUUUUUGCCACGUGGUGUCAGAGGGAUGCUGUCGGUCGCAUUAAUUACGACCAUAUCCAGUUACUGCUUGGCCAGCACUACAAGGAACGGGGAUUUGCCUGGAAGGGGACAAUGUGCCAGAUGAACUCCAUGGGUGUCGUCUCGUUCCCUGGCCACGACCCCGUCAGUGACGUGAUGACACUCGCCCACGAGAUAGGCCACAGCUUAGGCUUCAGCCAUGACGAUGCGAAACAAUUUCACGACAAAUUUUGCAACUGCAACUGCACCCACAGCGGAUGCAUCAUGCAAACAUCCCCAGGGUCUUGCUUGGCAUUCAGUAACUGCACUAUGGGAGAAUAUUACGAUGAAGUAAUAAGAAAAAAUCUACCUUGUCUACUCAACAUGCCAUCUUUAAAGCCACUUCUUGAACUCUGCGGCAACGGUGUCGUGGAAAAAGAGGAAGAAUGUGAUUGUGGCAGUGAUGAGGCAUGCCUCCAAGAAGGAUGCUGCUUCUCCUCCAGCUGCUUGCUUGCACCAGGGGCUUCUUGUUACAGAGGUGAAUGCUGUCACAAAUGUCAGUUUCAGCCAGCAGGAAAAAUCUGCAGAAAAGAUAGGAGUGUGUGUGAUCUCCCCGAGUACUGCAACGGCUCUUCAGGGACCUGCCCCAUGGAUGUAUUUAAGCAAGACGGAACCCCAUGCGGUGACGACGACCGCUGCUACGACGGGCACUGCCACAGCCACGAGGCACAAUGCAAAGCUUUAUUUGGCAGAGCCGCCCAUCGUGCCCCGCUGAGCUGCUUCAGGGAAGUGAACGUUCGAGGCGACCGGUGUGGGAACUGUGGCUGGAAUGGGACGUACUACACAAAAUGCCUGGAAGA